AUGGAAGAUCUCAAAGAGAAUAAUCUGUUGACAGAAGAGAUGCAGAUGAAAUUUGACACAUAUAAAGCUAUUUCUUGUAUAGAUGAUGGAAAGGGUGUGAACUUAGUGUACUUAGAUUUUCAAGAAGCUUUUGGUGAGGGAUCAUACAACAGACAAUAUCCUUUCCAGACUACAGCUCAAGCAUUUUUCUACAGGAUUCCUCUGUAUUAUAUCUUGGUGCUGGCUUGCUUUAUAACUGCAGUACUUGCAGAAAGGAAUGUUCAAGUGUGCACAGAAGAAACAGAAAACUAUGGCCCAAUACCACCUGUGGUGCCAGAAUCCUUUAUAGUAAAAGCUGAAGUGGUAGAUCAUAUACUCAACAGUGACACAUGGGUUGAGGAGUAUUUUGACAGAGCCAACCUGAGAGUCAAGGUUAAGAUCACUUCCAGAGGGACUGAGUCACACUUUAUUUAUGAUUACAGCAGUGAGCAAGUCAUAGAAUACAACAUUUUUCACCCUGGAAGUCGUGCUAAGGAUGAUCCACUUUCUUUAUUGACAUGUUCCAUAUAUUCAAUGGAUAGUUCUCCUUUGACUGUUUAUCCUGGAUAUCAUUCUGGAAUUUACAAUACAAAGGAUUCUCGAAUGGUUACGUCAUAUGAAGCUCUACACUUUGGUGGACCGUACAAAUUUGCAUUCAACAGUAGUCAUAGUGAUGGAUACGAUGGAAGAGGCAUUCCAGUUAAUAGAUUUCGUGGAUGUGUCUAUGACAAGUGGUUAGAUAGCACAUUCCAGAGUUUUUAUGACUGGUCAGACAGCAACGCUAUUCCUCCCAGCGGAGACAUUGAGGUGCCUUUAGCCAACAAGAUAAAUGGUGGAAUUUAUGUAAAGACUGAACAACAUCAGAAAAUGUGGAUUGAUGUAAAUAUUACAUCCAAUGUUGCUUGGUUCAAGGGAAAUCCUUCUUUUAAUGACCUAGACUUUCAGAUUCCACGUAGAAUGUAUUGUGAAAAUUACCACCAAGAAAAUGCUAAAAAAGUACCCAAGAUCCCAAACUUUUUUAGUGCACGAAUGGAAAGCACACUUGGAAGGUUUGACAUGGAUAACAGGUUGUUGGCCACAGAAUAUAUUUGGUAUGAUGAGAUAUGGUAUGACUUUGACCAACAGUUAGCUCGUGUUGAUUUUGUUCCUUCACUGGCAACCCUUACACUUUGGAGCUUAUUCAAAGAUUCUUCUGUGGUGUCAUCUGUUUUAGAUUUUAAAUCUGGUUUGAUGUAUGUCACUCAGAAAUCAACAGGUUUAUGUGUUGAACAACCCAUUAGCAGAGAGAUAUUUUUAGUAUCAAGUGAUCCGGAUAAACUUAAAUUGGCAUCACCUGAUGAACUGUUUGGAUUAGAUCCUGAAAACCUUAAUUACAAGGGUAAAUAUUAUGCAAGAAGAAUUAAAUGUGAUGUCUGGAGUGGAAAAAAGGCAACAAAGUUAGAAAAUAACACUUUUUCACAAGAAUACCAAGAAUUUUACUUUAGCACAGAAGACUGGCAUUCAGAUUCUGAUGAAGAUGAACUUUUUCAGAUUCUUGUCAGAGAAACACAAACACUGUUCCAAUUGGAUUCGGAGAAUAACCUAAUAGAAGACUUUGUAGAACACAAUUUUUUUAAAUUCAAGCCACGUCAGCCUUCACUAUCUGUUUAUGAUAUUAGUUCAUGUGCAGAGAAGUCCCAUCGAAAGUACUUCCUAAUGCUCUUCAAACGCACCUACCGCGAAUUAAUUAAAGACAGAAAAAGAGAUUUUGUGGAUGCAGCUAGAUAUUCAAUACGAGAGUUUAGUCAACUUGGUUCAGUUCUGCAAGUUCAAGAUUUCAGGGUUGAAUUCUCAGAAAAUGUGGGUCAAAUUAUUGCUUCAUUUAUGCUUAUUGAAAACCAAAAACCUCAAAAUCCAGACACAGAUGUGAGCAUUGCACAAGCCAAAGAAAACUUGGAACAGGCAGUGAAUGUUCAAGGGUCUUUUGUAGUUAUUCUAGCCAAUGUAAACCCUGGGGAUCCACAGCAACCUGAGAUAAUGAUUUAUGCAGUCAGGGGAAGUUUUCAUGAAGUACAUCCGUUCAGAGGACAACCUCAAACAUUAAGAGAGAAAGAAAUCCAUGGGAGUGUUGAACAAAUUAAUCAUUUUCCUGUAGUCAAGAGAAGUCUUGAUGAAGCACAUUCAUUCAAAGGACAUCCACAAAAGUUAGAACAGGAAGAAAUCCAUAGAUCUGUUAAACAAAUGAAUCAUUCCUUAGGGCUGUCAGAGCGAACACAUGCUGAUAACAAUAAAUCAGAUAAAUCUGGCUAUAGUUCAGGUGCUCUAGCAGGAUUAGCCAUAGCUAUGUUACUUAUUGGUCUAGGAAUUGGUAUUGCUAUGAUGUACUUUUAUCUUCGAAAGUACACAGGACAAAAAGCAGACACGUUUAUUCCAAUGUCAGAGAAUAUAAGCACUACAUAAAGUAUUUUAAGCAUUCCAUGUUAAAUUAAGUCAAUUGUUUGUAUUUGACUUGAAUAUAAGGUCUAAGUGUUGUGAAUGAUUUUUUUUUUUCAGAAGAAAAACAAUUUAGUUGAUUCUUUUAAUCCACGGGUAUCAGUAAUAUACAUAUAUGACAGUGAUAACUGUGACACAUAGCAUUUUGGUCUUUUACUUUUAGAACCUCCUGUUUCAUAGCUGAAACAUUUAAAGUCAUCAACUAUGUAAAGGUUGAAUUUUUCUCUUACCUUAUACUUUAGUCUUAGUGUCUAAUAUUGGAUUACAAAUAACAUAAGUGAAAAAUAAGGAUGUAUGUAUAUUGAGUGUAAAUUAUGAAAAAAUGAAUAUUUUAUUAUUUAAAUAAAGUGACGUGGCACUGAUAUUUGUAUUACAUAAUCAUCGUUUUAGUAAAUAAAUUUGUGUUA